AGUGCUGGGGCUCCUCAGGUUUCGAUAUGCCACCCAAGGACGACAAGAAGAAGAAAGAUGCAGGAGAGUCGGCCAAGAAAGACAAAGUCCCAGUGAACAAAUCUGGGGGCAAGGCCAAAAAGAAGAAAUGGUCCAAUGGCAAAGUUCGGGACAAGCUCAAUAACCUAGUCUUGUUUGACAAAGCAACAUAUGAUAAACUCUGUAAGGAAGUUCCCAACUACAAGCUCAUAACCCCAGCUGUUGUCUCUGAGCGACUGAAGAUCCGUGGUUCCUUGGCCAGGGCAGCCCUUCAGGAGCUCCUUAGUAAAGGACUUACUAAACUAGUUUCAAAGCACAGAGCUCAAGUAAUUUACACCAGAAACACCAAAGGUGGGGAUGCCCCAGCUGUUGAAGAUGCAUGAAUAACAGGUCUCACCAGCUGUACA